ACAAUAAAUAUUUCUGAUCUACUUAGCAUGGUGCCAAUGUCAAAUUCAGUUGUGUAUCGAUUUAAUCUGGACUCAGUCUUAAAAAUCAAUUUCUUAGAGUCACAGGAAACGCUCUUGCAAUAAAUUUGAAUUCGUUAAAAAGUAUACGCCGAGAAACUUUAUUUUUACGAUUUGCCAAUUGUUUGUUGUUAUAUCUCAUACUGAUGGAUCGCGUGGUUGGCAAUUUGGAGAACAAGUUCAAGUGUUUGGUGAAGGCAGAGGGAAAGGAAAUGGCCCUCAAGUUGGUGGGAUUCUACGCCGUCGGCUGGACCCUCCGCAAGUUGGUCAAGUGAAGGGCUCGCAUUCAAACCCUUUCUCAACCAGUUGACUGUCAGUCGUUUCAAUUUUGUCCCCCUUUAAAAAUUUAAUGUACAAAUAAAUUG